AGCAGCAGCGUCGGCUCUCCUGUGGAGGUGCUCUUCGUGGUGGUGUUUCUCGAGCAGCUGCAGUUCUCACUACAGCGCCAGGACGAGUCCGGUUCGUGUUCGUCCGCGGAGAUCUCUCUCAUCUCGCUCGGCUGCGGGAAAUCGGGCUGAAGCGACUGAGUCCGCGAUGGAGAGAGAAAAGGAACAGUUCCAUAAAAUCUUCAUUGGUGGCUUGAGCUUUGAAACCACAGAAGAAAGUUUGAGGAACUAUUACGAGCAAUGGGGAAAACUUACAGACUGUGUGGUAAUGAGAGAUCCUGCAAGCAAAAGAUCAAGAGGAUUUGGUUUUGUAACUUUUUCAUCCAUGGCUGAGGUUGAUGCUGCCAUGGCUGCAAGACCUCAUUCAAUUGAUGGGAGAGUGGUUGAGCCAAAACGUGCUGUUGCAAGAGAGGAAUCUGGAAAACCUGGGGCUCAUGUGACUGUGAAGAAGCUAUUUGUUGGUGGAAUUAAAGAAGAUACUGAAGAGCAUCAUCUUAGAGAUUACUUUGAGGAAUACGGAAAAAUUGAUACCAUUGAAAUAAUCACUGAUAGGCAGUCAGGAAAGAAAAGAGGCUUUGGAUUUGUUACUUUUGAUGCCCAUGAUCCUGUGGAUAAGAUUGUGUUGCAGAAAUACCAUACCAUCAAUGGUCAUAAUGCAGAAGUAAGGAAGGCUUUGUCUAGACAAGAAAUGCAGGAAGUCCAAAGUUCUAGAAGUGGAAGAGGAGGCAACUUUGGUUUUGGAGAUUCUCGUGGUGGUGGAGGAAAUUUUGGACCAGGACCUGGAAGUAACUUUAGAGGAGGAUCUGAUGGAUAUGGGAGUGGUCGUGGAUUUGGGGAUGGCUCUAAUGGGUAUGGAGGAGGACCUGGACGUGGCAAUUUUGGAGGUAGCCCUGGUUAUGGAGGAGGAAGAGGAGGAUAUGGUGGUGGAGGACCUGGAUAUGGCAACCAGGGUGGGGGCUACGGAGGUGGUUAUGACAACUAUGGAGGAGGAAAUUACGGAAGUGGAAAUUACAAUGAUUUUGGAAAUUAUAACCAGCAGCCAUCUAACUAUGGUCCAAUGAAAAGUGGAAACUUUGGUGGUAGCAGGAUCAUGGGGGGACCAUGUGGUGGAGGAAACUAUGGUCCUGGAGGAAGUGGAGGAAGUGGGGGUUAUGGAGGGAGAAGCCGAUACUGAGCUGCUUCCAAUUUGCCAUGGGCUUCACUGUAUAAAUAGGAGAGGAUGAGAGCCCAGAGGUAACAGAACAGCUUCAGGUUAUCGAAAUAACAAUGUUAAGGAAACUCUUAUCUCAGUCAUGCAUAAAUAUGCAGUGAUAUGGCAGAAGACACCAGAGCAGAUGCAGAGAGCCAUUUUGUGAAUGGAUUGGAUUAUUUAAUAACAUUACCUUACUGUGGAGGAAGGAUUGUAAAAAAAAAAUGCCUUUGAGACAGUUUCUUAGCUUUUUAAUUGUUGUUUCUUUCUAGUGGUCUUUGUAAGAGUGUAGAAGCAUUCCUUCUUUGAUAAUGUUAAAUUUGUAAGUUUCAGGUGACAUGUGAUAACUUUUUUAAGAUUUUUCUCAAAGUUUUGAAAAGCUAUUAGCCAGGAUCAUGGUGUAAUAAGACAUAACGUUUUUCCUUUAAAAAAUUUAAGUGCGUGUGUAGAGUUAAGAAGCUGUUGUACAUUUAUGAUUUAAUAAAAUAAUUCUAAAGAAAAAAAAAAAGAAAAA